AUGGGUGUGUGAUGCUUGUGUGCAGCCCACAGAGAACAACAGCGGAACACCAGCCUCAGACCUCCAUUUCAACGUGCCCCGGCCAUGUGCACUCAUGGCCCAGCGACCCCCUGUGUCCAGGGCUCAUCCCCAACACUGUGGGCAGCAGGGCAGGGAGGGGACUCUGCUGCUCUGUUCCGCUCUCAGGAGACCCUGCCUGCAGUGCUGCCCCCAGCAGUGGGGUCCUCAACAUAAGAAGUCCAUGGAACUGUUGGAGCAAAUCCAAAGGAGACCACAAAGUUGCAAAGGGGACUAGAGCAACUCCCCCAUGGAGACAGGCUGAGAAAGCUGGGGCUCUUCCCAAGCCUGGAGUGGAUGGUAUGGAGGCCUCAGAGCAACCUUCCAGUCUGUGAAGGAGCCUCCAAGGAAGCCAGAGGGGGACUCUUCAUCAGGAACUGUAGUCACAGGACAAAGGGGGAUGGGUUCAGACUGAAAGAGGGUAGGGUUAGACUGGAUGUUAGGAAAAUAGUCUUUAUUGGGGGGUGGUGAGGCAGUGGCACAGGUUGUCCAGAAAGGCUGUGGAUGCCCCAUCCCAGGCAACAUUCAAGGCUCAGUUGGACGGGGCCUGGAGCAACCUGGUCUGAUGGAAGGCUGGUCAGGUUGGAAGGAGAUGAUUUUUAGGGUCCCUUCCAAGCCCAGCCAUCCCACGAUUCCAUCAUUCUGUGGUCCCCAUCACCCACACUGGAGUGGCCCCGGGCCUUCUGUGACAUCCCAGCUGCCAGAGCCUGUGUUCCAGCAGGAACUGCGAGUGCCCGGCGAUGAGCACAGCACAGCCACUCGCCUGCUGCCAGUGCUGCCUUUGGCUGUGCCAGUGCGCCCUUGUCAGCUGCCCCUGCUACGCCCGCCAGUCCUAAAUUCCACCUGCUGUCUGGAGCUUGGCAUCCACUCCUGCAGGAUGGGCACCAUCAUCCCAAAGAAGGUACACUGCCAUUCCAUGGAGCUGGCCCCCACACCUGCCCGAGUGAGAUGGAGAACUGUGGGGAUGGUGUGGGACAGGGACCCCUCUCUGAGGUUGUGCCACCUGAUGCAGGUUGAGAGAGACACGGAAGAGGAGAUGGAAGUUGACAUGGUAGUGGCUAUAGAAGAGAUGAUGGAGGUCGACUUAGAAGAUGUUGUGGAGGAGAUGGAGAUCGAUUUGGAAGAGGAUCUGGAGGAGAUGGAUGUCGAUCAGCACGAUGAGGAGGAGGAGAUGAUUUUGGGAUGAGGACAGACCCUCCAGCAGCAGGACAGGACUGACGGACAUGCCGGAGAGGAAAUUGACCCCUGUACAUAUGUUUUAGUUGCUGUUGUUUCAUUUUCCUCCUGUAAAUAUGUUGGAUAGACUUUCUGCUAUUAGAUAAGUUGAAUUGUAAAUAUGUUUUGUAGGUUGUUGUUUCUAUAAAGAUUCUUAUAAUGUAAAUACGUUCUGUAGUUCAUUGGUUUUGCUGCUCUUCUGUCAAUAAAUAGUCUUUGUUUUUCAC